AUGUCCCAGACCGUCAUCUCCAAGGGUAUCUUUCAUGGCCUUCCCACUUUCUCACAACAUCAGGGGCAGAGGCUUCGUAUCAUAGUGACUGGUGCCAACGGCAUCUCAGGAUCCGCCGUGGUGAAGGUGCUAUCCGAAGCACCGGAGCGAUGGGAGAAGAUCUACGCUCUGUCACGACGCCCCCUGCAAGGUGAUUAUACCAGCAAUGUCGUCCCAAUCGCUGUGGACUUUCUGAACAAUGGGCCCAACGAGAUCGCAAAAGUCCUGGCAAAGAACCAUGUCCAAGCUGACUACGUCUACUUCUCCAGCUAUGUCCAGCCGCCUCCACUUGCGGGGAAAGGCCUAUGGAGUGACAUCGAUGCUACAACAACGCAAAAUGUGGCAUUGCUGUCGAAUUUCCUGCAAGCAUUGUUGCUCGCCAAUAUCAAACCAAAGCGUAUCUUGCUGCAAACUGGAGGGAAACACUACGGCCUGCAUUUGGGGCCAACCGCGAGCCCCAUGGAAGAAGAUGAUCCGAGACACGGGAUCGAGGGCAAUUUCUACUUCCCACAAGUAGAUCUUCUCAAGGCUUUUUGCCGGCAGCACGGCGCCAACUGGGUUGAAACUCGCCCAUGCUUCAUACUCGGUGCAGUUGAGAACGCCGCAAUGAAUGUCAUAUGGCCUUUGUCAAUCUACGCCUCCAUUCAAGCACACCUCGGAAAGCCCUUGGAUUUCCCUGGAGAUGUGGCAGCAUGGGCUGCGGAGAAGGCCCAGUCCAUGUCGACCUUGCUCGGAUACCAUGCUGAAUGGGCUCUCUUGACUCCCGAAGCGGGAAAUCAAGCACUCAAUCAGUCCGACUCGAGUGCUUUUGCAUGGGGCAAGUUCUGGCCUACACUUGCCAGCUGGUACAACAUACCUGUGGGCCAGCCUGCCAACGAUUCUGAUGCAUAUGUAACAAUCACGAUGCUCUACCCCGUGCCGCCACGCGGCUUCGGUGGCCCGGGCGUCAUCAAGGCGUCCUUCAGCUUUCUCGAAUGGAGCAAGAAGGGGGAGGUCUUGAACGCUUGGGACAAGGUCAGAAACAAAUACGGUCUGAAGUACAGUCCAUUUGGUGACAAGUCAAUGGACACGUUCGGACUCCUGGACGCCGAGGUUCUUGGGGGCUGGGGUAGGGUCAUGUCGAUGAAUAAGAAUCGCCAGUUGGGUUGGCAUGGAUUUGUUGAUACCAAGGAUGCGAUCAAGCAGGUCAUCAUUGAGAUGGCCGAGCUCCAUAUGGUGCCGCCUCUUGAAUAG